GGCCAUUGAUACAGGGGUAGUUUCGUCCAUCUACAUUACUCGAUAAACCCUCCCAAUUGCUACUGUACCAAAAACCAGGAAGAAGAAAGUAGGGUUUUUCCAGAAUUUCUUCUUCGUCUACUUCACUGAAGAUGCAAUCCCUAAUUAGGGCAGUUCGAUCGCAAUGCAGAAUCACCUCGGAGAUCGUCCCGUCGAAUAUUCGAAGCUUUGAUUCACUCUCCUCCAUUGUUUCGGGAAAGAAACUUGGCCAUGAAUGUGAUUCAAAACAUGGGUAUGCUGUACCUGCACUAGCUUUCUUCAGCGGUAGUGCAAAGUUUGGAGCCAUUCAUGAGGCUUCUUGCUGCACCUGCGCUAGCUGUCUUCACAGGUGCUUCUCGACAGCUGGUACUCCUGCAGCAUCAGUCACACAGGAUACUACAGCUCCUGAAAUCGACGUGCCUACGCGCAUUAAAUUUAAGAGGCUUGACAAAACAGCGAGACACAUAAUGCAGAUUCUGGAUAAAGAAGCAGUUGAGGAGGUAAGGGGACAGAGAGAAAUGCCUGAUAUCAAGCCAGGAUAUAUUAUCCAGCUCAAAUUGGAAGUUCCUGAGAACAAACGACGUAUUACUACAAUAAAAGGCAUUGUUAUAGCAAGACGGAAUGCAGGAUUAAACUCAACAUUUAGAAUAAGGAGGCUAGUUGCUGGAGUUGGGGUUGAGAGUCUUCUUCCAAUGUAUUCACCUAACAUAAAGGAGAUAAAAGUGCUGGAUAAGAAGAAAGUGAGGAGAGCCAAGUUAUACUACCUGAGGGAAAAGAUGAACCCCCUGAAGAAAUAGGGCCCAGCUUUGUUUCAAUUGUAUGGAGAUGGAAUGAUUUGCCACCUAGGAAAAAGCAGGGUUCUUCAGAAAGAUCUGCAAACACUCUGCAUUAUAUAAUAUCUGUGGAAUCAAUGUUAGCUGGGCUGUUGCAUCUUCAGGAUGGCAAUGUCAGAUCAUUUUUGUUAACAGAUCCCAAAACCAGUUUAUAUAUGUCAAAAGUUUCUUCUGUGUAAUUCCUGGUGCGUAAAAAGUGCAAUGUUUAUCAAGGUUUAGCAAUGUGGGUGAUGUGUUGUCGAAUGUUGACAAUGUUUUAAAGGCCUUAUUUAAGCUGCCAGGGUAAUAAAUCCUUUUGCUGGUUCCUCCUUGA